GAUCCGACCAGUUUCCGUCCUAACCCGUCGCCAUUGAAGAAGUGUUUCCGCCUCAUCCACAUCUCCACCUCUAUACACAAUAUAAGAUGGAGUAUGUUGCGGUAUACGUUUUCAGUCGCAGACUGCGCAGAGAAAGGAGAUAUCGGGACCCACUUGACCCACUACACGUUAGUGAUGAACAUCUGUUGCGGGUGUAUAGAUUUCCCCGUCAAGAAAUCAUCAGGCUCUGUGAUGAGCUGCGUCCCCACCUGGAAAGGAGAACCAGGAGGGCACAUGCACUCCCAACUCACACCCAGGUUCUGGCUGCACUAAGGUUUUUUGCAAGUGGCAGCUUCCAAACUGUUAUUGGAGACACUGUUGGAAUGGACCAAUCAAGUGUUAGUAGGGCCAUUGACAAAGUAACUCAAGUACUUUGUGUAAAGGCCAGUCAAGAGAUAAAGAUGCCAACCACAGCAAUAGAUAUCAACAGAGCUAUGCAGGACUUCAGACGCACUGGUAACUUUCCAAGAGUGAUAGGUGCCAUUGAUGGAACCCACAUUCGCAUCAAGGCCCCAGAGGAAAAUGAAGAGAUUUAUGUCAACCGGAAACAAUUCCACUCCCUAAAUAUACAGGCUGUGGGUGACACCAACAACAAGAUCAUCAGCUACGACACCAGUUACCCAGGGAGCACACAUGAUUCCUUUAUAUGGAGACACUGUGCCCUUAAGCAGCGGUUCCUUGCUGGUCAUUUUGGAGAUGCUCUUUUAAUAGGAGACAGUGGGUAUCCUCUGGAGCCAUUCCUGAUGACCCCAGUUGUACACCCGACAACACCUGGGGAGGAACGCUACAACCAGAGCCAUCGAAGGACAAGAUGCAUUGUUGAGCGGACGUUUGGGAUCCUCAAGUCAAGGUUCAGGUGCCUUCACGAGUCAGGAGGAAGUUUGCAGUACGACCCCGAGAAGACAAUGAAGAUUGCGACUUCUUGCAUGCUCCUGCACAACUACUGUGUGGAUCGUCGCAUUCCCUAUGUUGGUGAUCUUGUGCAAGAAGAAGAAGUACCAGUUCAGCCUGUGAGAGACAACAGACAGGUUCCUGGUCAAGUUGUCAGGCAGGAAAUUAUUAGAAACUUCUUUUCCUGAGUAUAGCUUACACCUGCAGAUUGCGUAUGGUGCACCGGUGGCCGAGUGGUCAGCGUGUGUACGAUCCAGAGGACUGUACUCCCAUUGCAAGACGCUGAGAGAAUUCAGCCAUGGACACUUGGUGGAGGGUUACCAACAUGCUGCCCAGAUCUUCAGUCAACCUUAACUUCUGCAUCUUUGAUCAAGAGAGGCACCAGGGGCUAACACUUCCUCACCACACAUUCUCAUCACCUAGUUUGAUACCCUAAUUGUCCCUCUCACAUACCUUAUACAUUUCAGCACUCUGUACUCUUGACUUGCUUAUCAUCCUCUUCAACUCUUUAAUUGUUGGCCAUUUCUCUGCUUCAUAUAACAUAACUAACCUCACAUAUGCACAGUAGCCAUUUAACUUGUUCCUUAACCAUGUGUUUCAGAAU